AUGAAAAGAAAACCCCCGGCCAAUUGGGCUUUGGCCCACCAGGCCGCAACCCACCGGGCCGCCAGGCCGGCCCACCCUGCCGCGCACCUCCCCCCACUCCCCCUUAUCCACUCCCUCCCCCAAACCCUAACCUACCCCACGCACCCGAUCCCCCCCCCACUUUCCUUGGCGCCCCCCUCUCCCCGAUCUGGACGCGCCGCCCCCGAUCCCAUCGUCAUCGCCGACGGCCGGCGCCGCCUCGCCGAGCCUAACGCUGCCCGGUGCCGCCCCGCGCCCCUGACGCCGGCGCUCGUCCCCGGCGCCACCCCGACGCCCCACCUCGUCGCUCGCUGGACUGCCCCGCCCCGCCUCUCCAUCGCCGGCCGACCCCGGACCUCACCGCCGUCCGCCUCGUCCUCCUCCCCGUCGGCGCCAUCGCGCCUCGCCGCCAAACUCCCCUGCAACGGGGGUGAGAACCCCAUUCCCCCUGCUUCCCUUUCCCCGCCGUCCCGCACAUCCACCGUCGUGCUCGGCCAUCGCCAACCUCGCAGCCCGCGCGCCUCGCUCCCUACGGCCUCGCCCGCGGUUGCUGCCGCCGCGCUCAGCACGCCGGCCACCCCUGUCCCCUGCCCCGCCCGCCGUUUCGCACCUCCCCUGCUGAUGCUCGCCCGUGCGCAGGGCUGCUGCUGUGCCUGGCCAUCGUGCGUCGCCGCGCCCCUGUGCACUCCGCCGGCGCCGCCGCGUCCCUUCCCCGCUCGCGCCACACCCGUGUUCGCCCUGCCCAGCGCUCGCUGGCCGCCGGUCACCUGCCAACCACGCUCCGGCCACGGCCUCGCCCACAGUCGUGUGUGCGUGAGCGUGUGUUUGGCCGGUUGUGCCCCUGACCACCAGGGGCUGUUAAGAACGAACAAAGAAAUGAACGAAUUUAAAUGUUAA